CCGUUUUCAUGCAAGGGUUUGCUCGGCGUUGGCUCCCCUUCCCCUCUGCUCCCAUGGCCGUCAGAAGAGCAGCAGCUGCGGCUUCCACUUCCCUCAUCUCUUCUUCCCCCAGAUCCAACCUUUUCUCGACUGCUCUUCUCACAAGCCUCCUCCCUCACAUCUCUCCCCAAACCCCUUCUCCAACCUCUCCUCUUCCACGUCCUUUCCGCAUCCCCUUGCCCCCAAAAUGCCCCCUUUUCCGCCGCAUCCAAACCCUUCCCCAAAUCCCACCACCUCCUCAUCCUACUCCUACCCUUCAAUCCGCCGCCACUUCCGCAGAAGUCAUCGCCGUCAUCGAGGCGAUGGAGUCCUCCCUCGACGAGCACGACGAGAGGCUCGGCGCUGCCUGCUUCGAGGCGGCCGAGCGGCUGGAUUCCAUAGGGCACCAGGACCUCGACAGAGCCCUCGCCUUUGCCUUCCGAGCGCUGCAAUUCUUCGAGAGGAAGGACGGCGGGUGGUCGGUCUCGGUCGCCAAAGUCCUGCGAUUGAUGGGCUCCAUCAGCUGCAAGAUGAUGAGGUUCAACGAUAGCCUGGAGUCGUUAAACACCGCAGCUCAGAUUCUCGAUGCACUAAGGCGAGAAAAUUCCAGGGACGAUGAUGCUCUUAAAGCUAGCGUCGCUGUUCAGCUCCAGCUCUCGAGUACAAAGACUGCUAUGGGCCGAAGGCGGGAGGCUUUGAUCAAUCUACGGAAGUCUUUGGACCUUAAACGGUCGAUUUUGGAGCAUACUUCUAGGGAAAUGGGUGCCGCCUAUAAGGAUUUGGCGGAGGCUUAUGUUGUCGUUUUGGAUUUUGAUGAGGCUUUGCCGUUGGCUUUGAGGGCACUUGAGAUAUAUGGUGAACAAUUUGGGGAGUACUCAGCAGAAGUCGUCCAGAUUAGGCGGCUUCUUGGUGUUAUUUAUACUGGGUUGGGAGAGAAUGAUGAGGCAUUGGAGCAGAAUGAGCUUUCAAGAAGGGUCUUGGAAAGUUUAAGCUUGGAUGAAGAAUUGCUUCAGGUGGGAAUUGAUGCGGCUAACAUACUGAUCGAACUAGGUAGGCUGGAUCAAGCGAUCAGCUACCUGAAGUGGGUGAUUCAAAAGACUGACAAGGAAUGUGAGACAAGAGCAUCAGUGCUCAUCUCGAUGGCUCAGGCCUUGUGUAAUCAGGAGAAGUUUGGUGAUUCUAGAAGGUGCUUGGAAAUUGCUAGUGGUAUUCUUGACAAGAAGGAGUUAGUGUCUCCCACAAAGGUUUCUGAAGCUUAUGCAGAGAUAUCUUUGAUAUAUGAGACAAUGAAUGACUUUGAGAUUGCUUUGUCUUUGAUGAAGAAGGCUCUUGCUAUUCUUCAGGAACUUCCACAGGUACAGCAUCUGGAGGGAAGCAUCUCGAUGAGAAUUGGAUGGUUGCUUCUCUUGACAAAGAGGGUUCCCCAAUCCAUUCCCUACUUGGAAAGUGCAGCUGAGAAGCUAAAAGACUGCUUUGGUCCAAAACAUUUUGGGUUGGGAUUUGUGUAUAAGCAUUUGGGACAAGCAUAUUUGGACAUGGAUCACCCACAGUCUGCUGCUAAGGUGCUAGUUCUUGCAAAGGACAUCAUUGAUGAGUCUUUUGGGCUACAGCAUGAGGACGCAAUUGAUACGUGCCAGUGCCUUGCCAAUGCUUAUGGUGCCAUGGGAAGUUAUGCUCUUGCAAUGGAGGUCCAACAAUGCGUAAUAGAUGCAUGGGAAAACCAUGGGCCCAGUGCCAAGGAUGAAACUAGAGAAGCUCACCGCCUUUUAGAGCAGUUAAAGAAAAAGGCCCGAGGGUCACCUGCUGCAGUAUUUCCUGCAAACAGUCUGCCAUUGCUUCCACAAAAUUAAUGUUGACUCCACCAAACUCAUGCAAUCUUGUCAGCUCAUGUUGAUGAUUCCCCUGUUUAUAAAUUCUUUUUCUUGUUGAAAUGAACUGAUCAAGAAUUCAUUCGUGUAGUCUACAUCAUCGAGGCUCAUCUUCAAAACCAACAUUCAAGUUCAAUGAUUGCAGUUUCUCCUUCAAGCACAGGAAAGUGCCGUGAAACUCUGUUGUUCCUUGGUAUCCUAAAUUCACCAGAAUUAUCAAUACAAGGACUCAAAAAAUGAGUAGGGAUCAUUUCAAGUACACUUGGUAUGACUUGUUUGUAACACAAAAUUCAUGGUUGAGCAGAAGUGUGAUUUAUCUCAUUGUUUACUAUAUCCAUUUAGUUAAAAACUAGGCCAUGAGUUGGUAGCACUGAAUCAAACCAUCCCCCUCUGUCUCACAGUUAGUAUCAGUACUAUCUUUGGACUUUUCCCCAUGUUGAUUUCAUUCUUUGCUCGAUUGGAUUCCCAUACCUAACACUAAUCAUAAUUUUACAGGUUAGAGAACAAGAUUACUAGGAGGAGAAACAAUUAUUGUCGUUCCUUGCAGCCAUAAAUGAAGGUUCCGUUUGGUUAGUAGUUCUGUUAUUUUCUAGAUUCAGAGUUCUUUUGUGGCAGUUUGAGAUUUGCACACCGGGAAGAGGCACCUAACUUUUUGAGGGGCAAACCCGGUUUUAGACUCAUUGCUACAGCUCAAAUACUAAGAUGGAGGAACUAGAAAGAUGCAAUGGGUUGUUGAAAUAAUAAACGUAAGCCAUUCAAUUAUUUUUUUCCAGUUAAGCUUCUGGUUGACUUCUUA